AAAAAAGCCAUCGCCUUUAGACAAUAACGUGCAUGAAUAAAAACAAAAGCCAGUGCUUGCCAUUAAGCUUAGAGCAAACCAAUACGGUUAGCGACGUCAAGAGCAUCGUGAUCUGGGGUCAAUCUGAUGAAAGCCUUCUUUGAAGCAUCUGGACGGAUGAGGGUGUUGACCUUAGCGGCGUCAACGUCGUAUAACUUCUUAACAGCGUCCUUGAUUUGACGCUUGUUAGCUCUUCUGUCAACCAAGAAGACCAAAGUGUUGUCAUCUUCAACCUUCUUCAUAGCAGCCUCAGUGUUAACUGGGAGUUGGAUAACUUGAUAUUGACUAUCAAGAAAGAAAAUAAAGAAUGAGUUUACAAAAUAAAGCAACAAGAAGAUUAUCAACUGUCGUUAGUCAUUUAAGGGGCUAUUCCACAUCUAGUCCAAACCCUAGAGUAACCAUAUUUGGAGCCGGUUUGAUGGGUGCCGGUAUAGCACAAUCAAGCGCUAUGUCUGGCCAUAAGGUAGUAUUAGCAGAUGUUAGCGAUAAAGCAGUACAAAAUGGCAGGGGAAUCAUCACAAAGGGUCUCACCAGAGUGGCCAAGAAACAGCACCCAACUGAUCAAGCAGAACAGGAUAACUUCACUAAGAGGAUAUUAGAGAAUGUUCAACUCACAACAAACCCUGAAUUAGCAGUUCAGGAUGCUGAUAUCGUAAUUGAGGCUAUUAUUGAGAAUGUACGCAUAAAACAAGACCUCUUCGUUGCUAUAGACAGUGUCGCGAAACCCUCGGCUGUGUUCGCUACAAACACCUCCUCACUCUCCGUUACUGAAAUUGCAUCACUCGUGAGUGAAUCGCGUAAGAAAAACUUUGCUGGUCUUCACUUUUUCAAUCCUGUCCCUCAGAUGGCGCUCGUCGAGUUGAUCAGCACACCCCUGACGUCAUCCUCGACGAAGGCCAUCUUGGAGAGCUUCAUUGAGCGUCUAUCGAAGAAAGCAGUAAGCUGUCAGGACACACCGGGUUUCAUCGUUAAUCGUCUUCUCGUACCUUAUCUCCUUGAGGCUAUCCGACUUGUUGAGCGCGGGGACGCGAGUGUACAGGAUGUCGAUAGCGCUAUGAUGCUCGGAGCUGGACAUCCUAUGGGUCCAUUCCAACUUUGCGAUUUCAUUGGAUUGGACACCCUUAAGCAUAUAAUGGACGGCUGGAAAGAGAAAGCUAAUGGUAGCCAAGCUGAUAUCUCAGGAAUUGAACCUGCCUUGGUACAAAACAUUGCACUCCUUGAUGAGCUCGUUGCUGCUGGAAAGUAUGGACGCAAGUCAGGUAAAGGAUUUUACGAGUAUUAAGGAAUGUCGUAAGAUGCUGUACUAGCGUAUACGACGAGCAUAAUGAGAUUACCAUUGUAUUACUUUUUCAAUUGACGAAGCAUUCAUUCUUC